CACCGCCUUCAUCACUCUCAGCAUCACAAGCACAAACGCUCUCGACUUUGUUCUCAGAUCGCCUUGUCGUUUCGUUUCGUUUCAGUUUUUUAGCAGUAAGAUUAUGGCAGCCAUGGCCUCAACCGCCUUGACUUCAUCUCUCGCAUCAACAAAGCUCUUUGAUUCCUCCUUCCAUGGUACUGCCGUCUCAGCACCACCCUCUCUUCGUCUUCAACCCACUAAAUCUUCCAGCCGGAACUUCUCUGUUUCUGCAUCUUCUAGCCCCUCUUAUGAUUUGAACGCCUUCAAGUUUGAACCCAUCAAGGAGUCCAUUGUAUCCCGUGAAAUGACACGCAGGUAUAUGACGGACAUGAUCACAUAUGCUGACACCGAUGUGGUGGUGGUCGGUGCUGGCUCUGCUGGGCUCUCUUGUGCCUAUGAGCUUAGCAAGAACCCUAACAUUCAGGUCGCUAUUAUUGAGCAAUCUGUUAGCCCUGGUGGUGGCGCGUGGCUCGGUGGACAGCUCUUCUCAGCCAUGGUGGUGCGUAAACCAGCUCACCUUUUCCUUAAUGAGCUGGGCAUUGACUACGAUGAGCAAGACAACUAUGUUGUGAUCAAACACGCUGCUCUUUUCACCUCCACCAUCAUGAGCAAGCUCUUGGCACGCCCCAAUGUGAAGCUCUUCAAUGCCGUGGCGGCCGAGGACUUGAUAGUGAAAGAAAACAGAAUCGGUGGUGUGGUGACCAACUGGGCACUGGUGUCCAUGAACCAUGACACACAAUCUUGCAUGGACCCCAAUGUGAUGGAGGCCAAGGUUGUGGUGAGCUCAUGUGGGCAUGAUGGACCCUUUGGUGCCACAGGUGCGAAGAGGUUGAAGAGUAUUGGAAUGAUCGACAAUGUCCCUGGCAUGAAGGCCCUCGACAUGAAUACUGCUGAGGAUGCUAUUGUGAGAUUGACCAGGGAGAUUGUGCCUGGAAUGAUUGUCACUGGCAUGGAAGUUGCUGAGAUUGAUGGAGCUCCCAGAAUGGGGCCGACAUUUGGGGCGAUGAUGAUAUCAGGGCAGAAGGCAGCUCACUUGGCAUUGAAGGCGUUGGGACAGCCGAAUGCAUUGGAUGGAACAUAUGUGGGAGGCAUUCACCCAGAGCUGAUUUUGGCCGCCGCGGAUUCUGCUGAGAUUGCCGAUGCUUAAAUUGGUAGUAGCAGCUUGCAAAUAAACUAGCAAAGAGUUUUAGUUUUUAUUAGAGUGGUGGUGGUGGGUACUUGAGGUAAAAGGGUGAUGGGGAUGAUCAUGUAAUCAAAUCAUUCAGUAGUUUUUGUUAAUAAUGAGGGUGUGUGUUUAUCCAUUUCCUUUGUUUUUCUGUGUAAGACUGUUGGAUUUGAGGAGGUAAAGACUUAACUAUCUUCGCUUUCUUCUUGGCUGUAACCUUAUUCCUUAUGUGACUUGAUUCAGAAAUACUAAGCCAAGUGAAAAUAUUGAGAUGGAA